AUGUGGAAGCUACUGACUGGAAUCAUGGGCAAGAAGCUGUACCAGCACCUGGAGGGAAAUGGACUGCUAGCAGAUCAGCAGAAAGGUUGCAGGAAAGGAUCGCGAGGAACAAAAGAUCAGUUGCUUGUAGACAAGGCAAUGCUAAAGAACUGCCGGAGAAGGUUGACGAACUUGUCAAUGGCUUGGAUAGACUACAAGAAAGCAUAUGACAUGGUGCCACAUUCAUGGAUACUGAAAUGCCUGGAGAUCGUUGGUGGAGCAAAGAACAUGAUUACCGUAAUCAGCAAUAGCAUGGUGAACUGGAAGACAGUAUUAACAUCUGAGGAACAGAUCUUGGGCAAGUGGACAUCAGAAGAGGAAUUUUUCAAGGAGACUCUCUAUCGCCAUUGCUGUUUGUUCUAA